GGCGCGUUGUGUCGCGAAUCCUUCUUCCAUCGACAAUAGCUAUGUUUCAAGAUCUCUCUCAUUUUCUCUACCCAUAUUAUCCAGGAAGAUUGCAAUCUACCUACAGAAAUUCAGUAGGUAGAUCAGCUGUCGGGUACGCGGUUAUAACACCAUGUCUAUUGGCAGUUUACGGCAUCUACUAAGUCCUACGCCUCUGGAUACUAGCCGUGAGCCGACCGAAGAUAGUGUCAAAGCUGCCCCGGAACCCUCUUUACAAGUGGAACGGUACUUCUGUCUGGUCGAGGCGCCUAGUUUCCUCAAGCGGCGAAAUGGAUACGGAAUUAUUGAACCAGAACUGAGCAUUUUUUACUCCGACUCAGUUGCUCCCACCUCCCCAUCAGCUGGUAUAACCCAGGAAAAAGUCCAUGAUCUCCUUUGGGAUGAAUUCGGUGAUCUUCUGGCUCUGGACAAGAGGGCACAUGCGUAUCACUGGAUUCCCGACGUGUCUCUCCUAAAACUAGAAACAUCCCCUGGACAUUGGACACCUGCCGUUGCCGUCCUAUUCGUGAAGAAUUCGGACAAGCCUGUUGAGCCUAUCGAGGAAUGGGUUGGAAGUGUCAAAGAGCAGAUAGUCAGACAAUGGGACCAGCUGAAGCCUUACUCAUCCACUCUUGACCCUAAGCACAUUGUCCCCACUGGCAGCAGCUUACACUCUACCACCAGCAAUCCUGGUAACGGUGUGGUAGCCCAAACUGACAUACUGAGAGGACGGAAAAGGCGCCGAGCUCGUCGAAAAGGGCUAUUAUUCAGUGCUUUAACGGACACUACCGGCUGCUUGAGAGAACCAAGUCCCGCCAAAGGCGUAGUUGUCGCAGAGACAGAUGUGACGCUAGCAGACGGAGGUAUACGCCGGAGAGCUAGAAAGCAUAUCGAGUUGAGCCCAUUUGACAUUGAGGGCUUUGGAAGCGGUCCCAAAGCGCAAACGACCGCGAUGUCCGGAACACCGCUGGUACCGUCAUAUUUAAGUCGCCCUUCAUUCGAAAUCGGGUGGUCUCCUCUAGCUAAUGGGCAUGACUUGCCCGAAGCUGAUGCAGCUAGCCUCGUCAGAAAUGCCGUAUGUCUGACCAUUAGAUUAGCCCCGGUCCGUUUCCGAACUAGAAACAACAUGUCGCCUAUUAUAUCGCGUUUUCCAGUCCUAUCGAUACGGCCCAGGGCACCAGGGAUAACAAGGUCUUCCGGUCCAUUGGUUCCCAACGAGCUCCCUAAGGGACCUAUGCGAUCCUACCUACUAUCCGAUGACUUUGAGAGUCGGCCUUGGCCAACUAGUAACGACUAUGAUACAGACUCCGAGAGUGGAUAUAGUCAACGAUUAGACGAGGGGGCGGGGAAAAAUGAAGGUAGACCAGCCGUCUUUGGUAGUCAGAAAGAAGAUACGUCCGAAAGUGCGGCGGUUCUCGAUGCCGAGGCCAUUGUUGCGAAGCUUGAGGACUCAACUGGUGUUGUCCACCAGCCAACAGCAUUGCUUUUCAACUAUUGCUACAUUGAUUCGAUCGAGGUCGACUCCUCUGUGCCGGAAUUACAUGCGUCUGUCACUCACCCGGUUUACUGGAGCAGACUUGCUCUGUUGAUUCUCGGCCAUGCAGGACAGCGCAAGUUGCCGUAUUCCCAAGGUUUUGGCGUGGAACAUUUCAACCCAAACCUGAUACGGAGGGACUAUAGGUGGGGAUAUUAUGAGGUUGACGAUAUCUCCUGGCUUAAAGCAUCAGCGGUACCAACUUGGAGAGCAGCUUGGAACUUCGAGAAUCCCGCAGGUAUACCUGGCUGUCAGUGCGAGCUGGCCUCUACCUCUGAUAUCCGGCAUAACAUCGAGAGCUGUCGUGACUUGGUUCAGGAUAUAGCUCAAUACCGGUAUUGGCGUACUCCCGCGCAGGUAAGUCUUGGUGCCAGCAGUCGAAUUACCUGUCGUUACAUCUACCUCGGUGAUUAAAUUGAAAUUGAUAGAUACUUCACGAACCGUUAUAUUUUGCACACUGGCCGCGGGAAUUCUUUCAUCAUCCUACAGCCACCCGCUUCUUCAAUACACCAAAACCUAUAUCCCCGCCUACACCCCCUCACGACUUGACAUGGACGCGGGAUUCGUCGCAAG